AUAAAUGAGAAAUGAUAGCGAUUCAAGUUUUCAGGUAAUUGGAGAAAGAAGAAGAAGAAGAAGAAAAUGGUGAAAUUGGUGCACUACUGCGCGAUGACACUUGCAGCCUUCGCUUUCUAUGAAACCAUGGAAAGAAUCCACGUCUGGAUCGCUCUCCGUCAAGAUGAAAAGCAAGAGAGAUUGGAGAAGGAAUUGGAGAUCAGGAGAGUCCAGCAGAAGCUAUUGCAAGAAUCUAAACAGAGGGCGUGAGCUUUGUCGUUAAUGCCGGUGAUGGUGGUGGUGGUCUGGCCUUUUUUUUCUCUCUAAUUUCAUUCCUGUUGUUAGCUGUUUUUUUUAAUUGAAAAUUGUGAAAGUUGCAGAGCUGGUUGAAUUAUUAUAAUAAUUGCGUUAUCUGUUUUAAGCCGAUGAUGACCAUGUCAUAAAACAUGUUUAUUUUUACUGCUUGAUGAACCUCUCCACUUUGUUGUAUCCACUUGCCCUUGUUGUUUGGGAAUAUGAAUGUGGAAGUUGGCAUUAAA